CAAAAUUUUACUAUGACUGCAAUUUUAGAGAGUCGCAAAAGUGAAAGCCUAUGGGGUCGCUUUUGUAAUUGGAUAACCAACACUGAAAACCGUCUUUACAUCGGAUGGUUUGGUGUUUUGAUGAUCCCUACAUUAUUGACCGCAACUUUUGUAUUUAUUAUCGCCUUCAUUACUGCUCCUCUAGUAGAUAUUGAUGGUAUUCGUGAACCUGUUUCUGAAUCUCUACUUUACGGAAACAAUAUUAUUUCUGGUGCCAUUAUUCCUACUUCUGCAGCUAUUCGUUUGCACUUUUACCCGAUCUGGGAAGCGGCAUCUGUUGAUGAAUAG